AGUUGUAUGACAUCUGCCAUCUGUUGGAGACGGAGAUGGUCUCCCUACGCAGAGGUCUGACUCAGCGCUCUGUCACUAUACUGCCUGCUCACUGCCCCUCCCCCAGCCGGCGAUCCCCUUCUCUGGGCCGAGAGUUGUACGAGGUUUGUGACCUGCUAGAGACGGAACCGUCUUGUCUACAGACUGCUGUGACGUCACGUAACCUGCAGGUCACAGAGACGUGUGACCCUCCUCUAGUCACAGAACUGUCAGCUACUGAAGCCACACAUGCCAGAGAUUCCUUGUGUAAGGCCCUCUACAGUAGACUCUUCACUUGGCUUGUCAACCGAAUAAACGAAGCUCUUAAGGUGAGAAGGUAUGGCAAGAGGAGAGUACUAGGCAUUCUAGAUGUAUACGGGUUUGAAAUGCUAGAGAAGAAUGGGUUUGAACAGUUUGUUAUCAACUUCUGCAACGAGAAGCUUCAUCAGGUCAUCAUUGAAGCCACUUUGAAGCAGGAGCAGGAAGAGUACCUUAGGGAGGAUAUUACCUGGACUCCGGUAGAUUUCUUCAACAACUCCAAUGUCUGUCACAUCAUAGAAAAGAACAACCAUGGAAUUCUGUCAAUCUUGGAUGAAGAGAGUAGUAAAGCAAAUGUGUCGGAUGAAGUGUUCUUAUCACGGGUUCAAGCACUUUGUGGUCACAGCCACACGACGCCAGAGAGAAGAAACCGCCACACGUCAACAUCGGAUAACAGCCUACCUCCCAAUUGUUUCAGGUUGAGACACUUUGCUGGCACUGUGACUUACAAUGUGACAGGCUUCAUAGAGAAAAACAAUGACUUCCUACCUCGGGACAUUUCAAUGGCCAUGCACCGAUGUCAACACCCGCUGCUCAAAACACUCUUUCCUGAAGGUAACCCGAAGAGGGCUUGUGUUAAGAGACCAGUUACAACCGGGACACAGUUCAAGAUAGCCAUUCAGGGACUAGUACGCAAUCUAACCACAAAGCAACCGCACUAUGUUAGGUGCAUCAAGCCUAAUGAGCUCAAACAACCCCGGAUUUUUGAAAUGGCCUUAGUUCAACAUCAAGUUAGAUAUUUAGGACUUCUGGAGACAGUUCGGUUGAGAAGAUGUGGGUUCUGCUUCCGCCUGACCUACACCCAGUUCCUGACCAGGUAUAAGAUGCUCUCCUUGCAGACAUGGCCCUGCUGGGUAGGCACUCCAGUUGAAGGGGUGUCCUACCUUCUGAGAGACCUCCCCAUCCCUCCUGCCGAGUUUGCCUUUGGACGCAGCAAGAUAUUUGUUCGUAGUCCUAGAUCUGUAUUUGAACUAGAAGAAUUCAGAAGAGAAAGAUUAGAAGACCUAGCAACACUUAUUCAAAAGAUCUGGAGAGGGUAUAGAGAAAGAAAGCAUUUUUUAAGAAAAAAGAGAAGUCAAAUCAUCAUUGCAGCUGCUUGGAGAAGUUGGAGGGAAUGUCGGUUUGGUGUACCUUUUCAAGGAAGACGGCACUUGUGGUGUCUUUACCGUGUGGCAAGAGAAGAGUAUCGAAUCCUCAAAAGAAGAAAACAGAUAGAAUGGGCUGUUGGAGUUAUCCAAAGGCAUUUCAUCAUGUGGAAAAGAAGGCAGAUGUUGAUACGACUGAGCCAACAGUUAACCCUGGAGACUGAGUCGCCUGUGUGUAGAGAUUGGCCUCCCUGUCACCCUCGGCUGUCAGACACCAACAUGCUGUUGUGCCGCUUGCAUCACAAGUGGAGGUGCCACAAGUACAGAUUGAGAUUCGACCAGACGGCAAGAAAUAGAAUGAGAGAAAAAGUAACAGCUAGCAUAAUUUUCAAAGAAAGAAAAGCCUCAUACCCAAGAAGUGUGGGACACCCUUUCCUUGGUGAUUAUGUAAGGCUGAGGCAAAAUGUCCAAUGGAAGAAGAUAUGUGUAGAGAACAAUGAUCAGUAUGUGGUAUUUGCCGACAUCAUCAAUAAGAUCACUCGAUCUAGUGGGAAGUUUGUGCCAAUCCUGUUUGUGCUAUCAACCAGUGCCAUGUUGAUUCUGGAUCAGAGGACUCUGCAGGUUAAGUACCGUGUACCCGCCACCGAGAUCUACAGGCUGUCCCUAUCUCCCUACCUAGACGAUGUUGCUGUCUUCCAUGUCAAAGCUCCUAGUCCGCUGUCUGACUGCUCGAGUGAUCUGGGACCCCCUCCCCCCACCCCUGGCUGUCUGUUCCAGAGUGAACUCGCACGAAAGAAGGGCGACUUUGUGUUUCAAACAGGUCAUGUCAUUGAGAUUGUCACCAAACUGUUCCUUGUCGUUCAAAACGCUGUUGGGAAACCUCCUCAAGUCAACAUCAGUACAGAGUUCGAGGCCAACUUUGGACAGCAGACAGUCGCUGUGGUGUUCAAGUGUACUGGUCUGCCAGAAGUGCAGCCUGGCCAAAUCAGGGUGAUGCGACGAGCCAAUAAGAUGGAAAUACUCGUAUGAUCUCAGCCUCAACUGUGAUACCACCAAUGCCUUCAGCACUUGCUACCUUUCAGGUCAGCCAUGACGACAUCGCGAUCCCUCUCUUCAAGCACAAAUGUUUGUUGGAUCGUGGGUUCCUACUGUCGGCCUAGUCUGUACCUUUAGUCUCGACUCUAGACACUAGAGCUCCUUUUAAGUUACCCUCGUCCUCUUCAAUCUGGCCUUUAUUUUAUUGUCAAAUAAAAUUUUUGUUUAUGUCAUACCUAAAAAAAAGUGCAUUCAGUGUUUCCAUGCGCAUAAUGUGGGAUAAAAUGGAAUAUUUUGCUCCAAAGCCUGAUUUUAUUUUUAUACUGCUUUCCAUACAAAAACUAACCCAAAUUUACUAAAUUAUUUUAGUUAUUUAAUUUAGCUAUUUAAUAGCUUUUUAAACAUUAUACAUAAAAAGAUCACUUGGUAUGGAACAGAAAAGUGGAAUAAAAUUGGGAUUUUUCAUUACAUUCAAGUGGGAUAAAACGGGGUUUCUCUACCCAAUUAGUGGGAUUUUUGUUUUGGUUAUAGGGAAACACUGGGUGUAUAUUACAGAUGACCUAAAAAUUAAGUAGUUAACUUAGCAUUCAAGGACAUAUGCUCAAGUAAUAACUAAUACUCAUUUUUUUAAAUAUAAAAAUGCUGU